UGUUGGCCGGUGCACCGGUUCGCCGGUCGGGUUGCAGCUUGGAGAAAGGGGAAGCAACUGGCGGAGGCAGCAUCGGCGGUGCGGUGCUAUGGACCCCAGGGACAAUGUCGAGACAGGGGAGACGGAAAGCCACUCGGAGCUGUUCUACGUGCCGAUCCCUGAAGAAGCACCGUGCAGGAAUGAGCAGGAGAAGUUGUCAGGGGUCGUCAAAAACGUCCACAGAAAACUGCGUAGGAAAUACAGAGAGGUGGGUGACUUCGAUAAGAUCUGGCGUGAGCACUGUGAGGAUGAGCAGACAUUGAGUGAGUAUGCCCUGGCCAUGAAGAAUCUUGCAGACAACCACUGGACCAAAAACUGCGAAGGAGAGGGACGCAUCGAAUGGUGCCGCAGUGUCUGUCAGGAAUAUUUUUUGGAUGGCGGGAUGAAAAGAAUGUUAGAAAAGGAUGAAAAAAGUGCCACGCUUGCCAUGGGUCUUACUGCAGCAUCUGUAAGUGCCCAACCAUACAGCACCAUCCCCAGCUCAAUCUCCCAGCUGGGAAAAAUGCGUCUUCUUGACGUGGGAAGCUGCUUCAACCCUUUCUUGAAGUUCGAUGAAUUCCUUACAGUUGGUAUUGACAUAGUGCCUGCAGUUGAGAGUGUGUACAAGUGUGACUUCCUCAACCUUCAGCUCCAGCAGCCUCUGCAGCUGGCAGGUGAUGCAGUAGAGGCCUUCCUGCGCCACCUCCACAACCCCAUCGAUGCUCUGCCUGCUCAACUUUUCCACGUAGUGGUCUUCUCGCUGCUCCUCUCUUACUUCCCCUCGCCAUACCAGCGCUGGAUCUGCUGCAAGAAGGCUCACGAGCUGUUGGAGCUGCACGGCCUGCUGCUCAUCAUCACACCUGAUUCGUCCCACCAAAACCGCCACGCUCUCAUGAUGCGUAGCUGGCGGGUCGCAGUGGAGUCACUGGGCUUCAAGCGCUACAAAUACGUCAAGUAUUCCCACAUGCAUCUCAUCGCCUUCCGAAAGGUGUCUCUGGCCACCACCAGUGACCUGGUGUCGCGCAACUACCCCGAGAUGCUCUACAUCCCUCAGGACUUCCACUCCAAUGAGGAGGAAGACUUUGCCGAUGUGCCCGUACAGGUGCGCUCCGAGUUUGAGGAUGAGCAGCUGGCUUGGGGCUUCACAGAGCUACCAGACACGCCCUAUGAUUCAGAUUCUGGGGAGAGCCAGAGCAGCUCGGUGCCUGGCUUCCAUGAGCUAGAGGACCCCAUCCUGCUUCAGAGCUAGGCUAAACCAGCUACCUACCCCCGCCCCCCUUCCAGAAAUAUCACCUCCCCUUCAACUGCUGCGCUGCCAAAUUUAACCUGCUGCAUUCUUCUCCAGCUUCUCCUCCCUCUCCCCAAAACAAUGCAGUUUGCACAGUGUGAAAGAGAGAAGUUUACAGAUUUUCUCAUAUCCACUCUCCUCUGAGAGUGCGCGCACACACACACGCGCACGCACACACACACACACACACACACACAUUAAGAUGGAUAUAUUUUGAUAAAUAGCUAGGUUUUUUAAGAGUUGGAAAGUGAAUGCCCUUAAGAUAUCUUAACUCCCUGCUCCUUGAUUUUCAUCCCAUCUUCCAAUCAGCUCUCAAUAACAAAAAUUCAGCUUGUCUACAUUUUGUACUCAGUCUCUGUUUGAAUAAGCUAGUGUGGCAGACUGCUUAGUAUAAAAGCCAAAUACAGCCCCUGAGCAGUCUGAUAGGAGUUUGAUUGCACUGGAGAGGUUGAGGUGGAACGACUGGACUUGGUACACUUGCUUCUGUCACAGUCAUGCAGCUAGACCUUCUGAAAAUUCUUGUUGUGCAUUUAGUUUUCCAAGAUGAAAAAAAAAGUUCAUUGUUUUGAAAUAUAUAUUCUCAACAGUCAAAACAUUGGUGUUGUCCAGUGUAAAGUGUGGCAAUGCCAUUUUAACCUGGCAUCCCUUGAAUGAUUUGUGUAUCUUUUACAAGAAAGUGGUAUUUGUAGCAUUUGAAACAUUUUCAGAACCAUAUGGUAGGAGUAUUACUAGGUUUACUAAUGUGAAACUGUAACUGUGUUUACAUUGUGUAACAAGGUGCGAAAGUAGGUAUUACACUUUUUUUCAUUCUCUUGUUGUGCUCACAAACAUUAAUAAUGAAUAAUUUCCUGUUAGAUUUCCAAUACAUUUUUUUUAUUCUCAAGCAGAGAAAUAGUACAACACUGCAAGUCAGUGACCCAUAUCAAAUGAACUUUACAGCACCAGUAUCCUUUGACACAAUUUUGUAACUUUGAUGUGAAAAUACAGUAAGUAUUCUGCCUCCAAAAAUAUCCAGAUCUGAGUUCCUCACAGUCAGAAAAUUCACCUCAGCAGAAGAGAUUUGCACUAAUUUACUAUUUUGUCAUGCAGAACCUCUGAAACAGGUGAGAUACUGUAGAUUUUAGCAAUAGUAAGCAAGACCAGAUCUGAAGGUACUGUAUCUCACAGGGGGAGGUUUUAACUAAAGACACUACCAGGUGAAAUGUUAGUGUGUGUUCCUGCCUGUCCCUGGACAGGUCAAAUGUGUGGCUGUGGUCAGUGUGAAUGACGGAAUGAAUUUACGUGGAUGUGUGCUUUGUCUGUGGCACUUUAUCAUUGAUCCCAAAGGGUGUCACAAAAUGUAAUUAUUUUCCUAUGAUGACAGUUUUACAACCAAUAUGAUGGGCCCAUAACAUGAUACCAAUAAGUCUAAGGUGCCUUCUUCGUUCACAUUUAUGUUGCAAGCAGACUUUCAUGCCCCUGGAGAAAAUGAAAUUCAUACCAUGUAACAAACAAUACCAAGCUUCUUUGGCCUAACAGUACAUACAUACAAACUAGCCAGUUCUCCUUUGUUAUAUUAAUGGUUAACAAGAAACAUUUUAGUGUUGAUAUAAUGCAGUGUGUUGUUGCCAUUCCCAUAUCAUUUUCCAGUAAUGCACAUCUUUUCUGAUAUCUCCUCUGUUUAAACAGGAAAAAAAAAAUUAAGAGUACCAUACAUAGUCAGGCUCUGAAGCAGCGUGUUUUGUGACUGGUGCAUUUGUCUUCCAAUGUUUCUUUUGGCCCAUUUGCAUGAAAUGUUUCAUCUUCAUUAUCAACAUUUUCAACAAUGCAGAACAACGUGUGCUUAUAGUAUGGUUGUAUUUCUCUUUUAUAAAUGAAUGUAA